AGUCCGCUCCGCGUAUUCCGGCUGACCGCGCGCAUCGGUAAAAUGGCUGUGUCUCGCGGAGCCUCGUGCUGGUUUGAUCGGUUUCUCGCGCAUACUCUCGUUCUGUAAACCGAGGCCCUCAUUUUUUACGUUUUGUGUGGGUUAAAUUAAUUCCUGGGACCUUUAUUUAUACUGUUAAAGUAACUUUUUGUUGAUUUUUUCCCUUCUUUAAUCACAAGCUGGAGCGGAACGCGGAUCCGGUCCGGAGUGAGGGGGGAUGAUCCGGGACACGGGGACGCUGCUGUUAUAAAUAAUUGUAUUUAUGUUGCUGUUCCGAGCUGGAUUGUGACCGAGUCGCUUUGUAAAAGAGAGAGCGAGUGUUUGAGGGAGAGAGAAACGGAGGAACGGGGGGGAUAUCAUGGCCGCUCAGGUCGCCACUCUCAACGCAAGCCCGGCCGCCGAGCUUAAAAAAGCGGACCGGGAACCGCAGGAGGACUCGGUGGCGGUACCGGGAGAGAAGCAGCAGCAGGAGGGGAAGGAGCCGCGGGCGGACGGCGGAUCUCCGGGACAGAAGGAGCUGCAGGACGGGACCGAGGUGGGAAAUGCAGGAGUAGGAGGUGGUGGAGGUGGCGGUGGAGGAGGUGGAGGGGAUCCUGAACUAAAGAACGGCAAUGGGAAUCCAUCCAGGGUGAACAAUAAUAACAAUAAUAACCAGAAUGAUGCCGGCGGGCCUGAGGGUAACAACCACCCCGGCAUGGUCCACCACCACCCGGGCACUUUCCCUCCACCUCCUUACGGCUACAACCAGCACUACAACCGGGCCCCUUUUCAUCAACAUGGCGGACAACAAAGCCCUGGCAUGGCAGCUGCAGCGCCGGGCAGCAUGCUAGAGUCCUACCCGCCCAACUCGCACGACCACAGUUUCUCCAACCACUAUAACAGCUACAGCCCGUUCCCGAACCGGACUCCUUAUCAGGGCCAGGGCUACGGCAUGAGUUCGCCGCGCAGCAACCAGCCAACAGCGGCUGGAGGGCAGCCGGGUAAUGUUAAACCUCAGCAGCAGCAACAGCAGCAGCCUGCGGGAGGAACCCCAGGCAUGGUGGGCUCCUAUAAUAACCAGAGGUAUAGCAUGGGGAACCCUCAGCCAACUUCCACGCCAACUUUAAACCAGCUCCUGACUUCCCCGAGCUCCACACGGGGUUACCAGAACUACCCGCCGAACGACUACAACAACCAGGACGGGCCAGUGAGCAAGGGACCAGGAGACAUGGCCAGCAGUAAUCAGUAUGGUGGUGGGGGCCAUCCGGGCUGGCAACAAAGGAGCCAUCAUCCACCCCCCAUGAGCCCGGGAAACACUGGACAGACCCUCAGCAGGAACCAGCCCCCAAGCCCAAUGGACCAGGUGGGGAAGAUCCGGGGGCAGCAUUACGGAGCAGGGAACCCUUACUCACAGUCGCAGGGACCUCCCCCUGGGUCCCAGCAAGGGUCUCCAUAUCCUGGACAGGGUUAUGGACCUCCAGGACCCCAGAGGUUCCCCAUGGGCAUGCAGGGACGUACCCCAGCAGCGAUGAGUGGCAUGCAGUACGGACAGCAGAUGAGUUACGGUCAGCAUGGUCCUGGAGGUUACGGCCAAAGCCAGGGGGGCUACUAUGGCCAGCAGGGUCCUUCCCCUCACGGAGGUCCACAGCAGUCCCCGUACCCUCAGCAACACCCAACGGGCCCCAGCUCCCAGCAUCCAUAUUCCCAAACACCCUCUGGCCCCCCUCAUCCACAGGGAGGCCCACCUUAUACCCAGUCGCAGGGACCGCCACAGGGACCUCCCCAGGGCCAGCCUCCAUAUUCACAACCACCACAGUCCCAAGCUGGCCAGUCACCAUAUUCCCAGUCCCAGGCUCAAUCUCAAUCCCAAGGCCCAACCCAGUCAACGCAGGGUCCCCAGACACAGCCUGGAUACUCACAACCCUCACCUGGUCAUGGUCAGCCUCCCCAGCAACAGCAGCAGCAGCAGCAGCAGCAGCCGCAGCCGCCCUCACAGCAGCAGCAGCAGCAGCAGCAGCAGCAGCAACAGCAGCAGCAGGUUCCACCUCAACAACAGCAACAGCAGCAACAGCCCCCUCAGCAGCAAUCCCAGCAGCCACCAGGGCAUGGGCAGCCCUCACCAUAUCCACAGACGCCACCACUGCAGCAGUCUCAGCAGCAGCAGCAGCAGCAGUCGUCACCCUUCCAGCGCUUUCCUCCUCCCCCACAGGAGCUGUCCCAGGACUCCUUCAGUUCUCAAGCCUCUGCUCCUUCCUCAAACCAGCCCAUGGCCUCCAGUAAGAGUGGUACAGAGGACAGCAUGCAGGGGCGGCCAUCCAGCCUACCAGACCUUGGCUCUAUUGAUGACCUCCCUACGGGUACAGAGGGCGCACUGAGUCCUGGUGUCAGCACGUCGGGUGUGUCCAGCAGUCAGGGUGAACAGAGUAACCCAGCUCAGUCGCCCUUCUCCCCUCACACCUCACCCCACAUGCCGGGCAUCCGUGGCCCCUCUCCAUCUCCUGUGGGCUCACCGGCCAGUGCCACGCCCUCUCGGACCGGACCCCUUUCGCCUGCUGCUGUGCCAGGAAACCAAAUGCCCCCCAGACCAUCCAGUGUUCAGUCAGAUGGAAUUCUACAUUCUUCCAUGAACCAGUCAGCCAUGGGCCAGGAUAGAGUCUAUAUGCGGAACCCCCAAAUGCCACCAUACGGAUCUCCUCAGCCUGCUUCUGCCUUAUCCCCUCGUCAGUCAUCUGGAGGCCAGAUGCAUGGUGGGAUGGGGCCUUAUCCUCAGAAUAACUCUAUGGGCAACUAUGGGCCACAGGGAGGGCAGUACGGGCCUCAGGGUUACCCGAGGCAGCCAGGCUACGGCAAUAUGCCCAACCAGAACUACCCAGGUGGACCCGGCAUGGGUGGAACUAUGAACCCUAUGGCAGGGCAAGGAGGAGGGGGGCCGUAUGGAGGGAUGCCCCCUGGGCGUAUGGGUCCAGGGCAGAUGGGCACAAGGCCUUAUGGCCCUGGCAUGGCUCCCGGUCCCAACAUGGCUGGCAUGCCACCACAGGUGGCCUCAGGCAUGUGCCCUCCGCCUGGCUUGAACAGAAAGCCCCAGGAUCCAGCUGCGGCAGGCAUGCACCACGGCCCGACCAACUCGAUACACAGGCCACCUGGUUAUCCCAACAUGAACCAGGGGAUGAUGGGAGCUGGAUCUCCGUAUGCCCCACCUAUGAACAGCAUGCAGGGCAUGAUAAACCAGACAGGGCCAUACCCUAUGGGAAGCAACAUGGCCAACAACUCAGCAGGUAUGGCUCCCAGCCCAGAGUUUGGCAUGGAUAAGCUAAACCAAGCACAGAAGAUGAAUAACAAAGUUGAUGGGACUCCCAAGACGGAGUCCAAAAAGAAGUCAAACUCAUCUACCACCACUAAUGAGAAGAUAACCCGGCUCUAUGAGCUGGGCCCUGAGCCAGAGAGGAAGAUGUGGGUGGACCGGUACCUGGCCUUUGCUGACGAGAAAGCGAUGGGCAUGACAAACCUGCCUGCUGUAGGCCGUAAACCUCUCGACCUCUUUCGCCUCUACGUGUCUGUGAAGGAGAUUGGUGGUCUCACACAGGUGAACAAGAACAAGAAGUGGAGGGAGCUGGCCACAAACCUGAAUGUUGGAACAUCUAGCAGUGCAGCCAGCUCACUGAAGAAGCAGUACAUUCAGUGUCUGUAUGCCUUUGAGUGCAAGAUCGAGCGUGGAGAAGAUCCGCCACCUGACAUCUUCACCAAUGACCCUAAAAAGAACCAACCGAAAAUCCAACCACCAUCUCCAGCGGGAUCUGGUUCAUUACAGGGUCCUCAGACUCCCCAAUCCACGAGCAGCUCCAUGGCUGAAGGAGGAGACCUGAAACCCCCCACUCCAGCUUCAACGCCCCACAGCCAGAUGCCCCCUAUGCCUGUCGGAAGAAGCAGUGUCAAUCUUCAGGACCCCUUCGCUGAUGGUGGAGAUCCUGCUUUUCCUAGGCGGAACUCAAUGACGCCCAACUCUGGCUACCAGCCUGGCAUGAGUGGUGGACCUCCGGAUAUGAUGGGUCGCAUGGGACCCUAUGAGCCCAAUAAGGAUCCAUUCGGGGGUAUGAGAAAAGCUGGUGAACAGUUCAUGACUCCAGGACAAGGCCCUAACAGUGCAAUGGGUGAGCAGUAUAACCGAGGGCCUCCAGGGCCUAUGGGUAAUAUGCAAAUGGGCCAGAGACAACAGUAUCCUUAUGGACCAGGAUAUGAACGAAGACAAGAACCAGGUAUGGGUCCAGAUGUCAGUAUGGGUCCUGGAGCACCACAGCCCAACAUGAUGCCUUCCAGUGCCGACACAGGGAUGUACUCACCCAACAGGCCCCCACAGCAGCAAAGGCAUGAGUCCUAUGGAAAUCACUACCCUGGACAAAGUGCUCCCCCUGGUGGACCAUACCCAAAUCAGCAGCCAGGAAUGUACCCGCAGCAGCAGCCGAAUUACUCACAGAAGAGGCCUGUAGAUGGUGGCUAUGGUCCCCCAGCAAAGCGUCACGAAGGGGAAAUGUUUCCAUUCAGUGGUCAGCAGCAACAAGGCACUCAGCCCUCAUGUGGACCCCAGUCCAAUCAGGAAAUGUACAACCAGUACAACGCCUAUCCUGGCUCAGAUCGACGUCCACCCGGUCAGUUCCCUUUCGGAUUUGGUCGGGACAGGGGCCCUAAUUCUGGAGGCCCCAAUUCUCAGUCGUCCAUGCCGCCGCAGAUGAUGGGAAGCCCCAUGCCGUCGGUUCCUGACGGACCUCAGGGUCCAAUGUGGCAAGGCCGCAAUGAGAUGAACUAUUCAAACUAUCCCAACCGACAGGGCGCUCCUGUUGUUCCCGCUCAGGGCCCAGGCUUCCACCGUUCUGAAGACAUGAUGCCUUCAGACCAGCGAAUGAAUCAUGAAGGUCCGUGGCCAGGUCACGUCAACCAGCGGCAGCCUCCAUACGGACCUGGAGGUUCUGGUCCGCCUAUGAAUAGAACAUUGCAGUCUAACUAUCAGUCGUCUCAAAACCACAUUCCACAAGUGUCCAGCCCAACGCCCAUGCCAAGGCCCAUGGAGAACAGAACGUCGCCUAGCAAGUCACCGUACAUGCACUCUGGGAUGAAGAUCCAAAAAGCUGGACCUCCAGUCCCAGCUUCACACAUAGCCCCGCCACCUGUACAGCCUCCUUUGAUACGGCGAGACGUUGCCUUUCCACCAGGCUCUGUGGAAGCUUCCCAGCCCAUUCUCAAACCACGCCGCAGACACACAAUGAAAGAUAUUGGAACCCCAGAGGCCUGGAGAGUCAUGAUGUCCCUAAAAUCUGGCUUGUUAGCUGAGAGCACGUGGGCCUUGGACACAAUCAAUAUUCUUUUGUACGAUGACAACAGCAUUUCCACUUUUAAUUUGUGCCAGCUUCCUGGUUUCCUUGAACUGAUAGUGGAAUACUUCCGUCGAUGCCUUAUUGAGAUCUUUGGCAUCUUAAAAGAAUACGAGGUUGGAGAUCCGGGGCAACGUACACUGAUCGAUCCAAAUGCUGUAGACCCUGAGAUGUCUGACGAAGAAGGCCCCGAGGUAGAACAGAUGGAGGACAGCGACGAUGAGGAAGAGGAGGAUGCAGAGGAGGAAGAGAAGAAAAGCAGUGAUCAGAUGUCCCAGAUCCAGGUGAAGCAGGAGAAGGAUGAUGGAUCUCAACAGGGCCAGAAAUCCAGUGAAAAAUCUGAAGAAGAGAUGGAAGGGCAGAGUUCAUCGUCAAAGGAGCAUAGGUCAUCUACACCACAGAACAACAGUGCAACAGAGGAGAAACCCAAGCAAGCUAGCAAAUUCGACAAGCUUCCCAUUAAGGUAGUUCGGAAGAAAGAUCCAUUCGUCAUCGGUCGCACAAGCAGGCUGGGACGGCGGCAGGCCUUCAACAGUGGUCUGAUUCACUGGAGCGUCGGUGGAGGCGACACCACAGAGCACAUCCAAACUCACUUCGAGAGCAAGAUGGAGCUGCUAAAGCCUUCUAAACGGUUGGCUACGAAUACAGAGUCCCGGAAAAAGGCCCCUCCUACAACAGAGCCUGUUUCUGAAGAGGCAGACAAGACUCAGGAAAGUGUACAGCAGCAAGAACAGGAGCGGCAGCCAGAUUCUCAACCUCGACCUUCCUCAAAUCAACCAUCGGCAGAGGAAAGCACGGAAAACAAGGCAUCAACAUCAUCGAGCUUAACGGCCACUGCGGACGACAUACCAUUGACUCGGCCAAGCUCAGCGAGUGAAGAAGUGUCGCAAGAGAGCGCAGAAGGUGACAAAGAAAAGAACAGAUUACUAUCUGGCAUCAGUCCAGCACAACAGAACAGCAGUGUGAAGAUUCUGGAGGAUGAGCCGCACAGCAAAGACGAAACCCCGCUGUGCACGUUGUCGGACUGGCAGCAUGCACUUGCCCGACGCUGCGUCUGCAUCUCCAACAUCGUGCGCAGCCUGUCCUUCAUCCCUGGCAAUGACCAUGAAAUGUCCAAGCAUGCGGGCCUGCUGUUGGUUCUGGGUCGUCUGGUGCUGCUGCAUCACCGGCACCCUGAGCGCAAGCAGGCUCCGGUCACGUACGAGAAAGAGGAAGAGGAGGAUGAAGGAGUGAGCUGUGAACGAGACGAGUGGUGGUGGGACUGUCUGGAGGCUCUUCGCGAAAACUGCCUGGUUACACUAGCGAACAUCUCGGGCCAACUGGACCUUUCCAUUUACCCCGAGAGCAUCUGUUUGCCCCUGCUGGACGGUCUUCUCCACUGGGCUGUCUGUCCUUCAGCUGAAGCCCUUGACCCUUUCCCCUCACUGGGGCUUAAUGGAGCACUGUCCCCCCAGAGACUAGUUCUUGAGACCCUCAGCAAGCUCAGCAUCCAGGACAACAACGUUGACCUCAUUUUGGCCACGCCGCCCUUCAGCCGCCUGGAGAAACUCUUCGGCUCGCUGGUGCGUUUGGUCGGCGAGAGGAAGGUGCCCGUAUGCCGAGAAAUGGCCGUGGUGCUGCUGGCCAACCUGGCUCAGGGGGACAGCACGGCCGCUCGGGCUAUUGCCGUGCAGAAGGGCAGCGUGGGAAACCUCCUAGGCUUUCUGGAGGACAGUCUAGCGGCCACGCAGUUCCAGCAAAGCCAGGGCUCGCUGUUGCACAUGCAAGGGGCACACUUUGAGCCCACCAGUGUGGACAUGAUGCGGCGCGCUGCUCGCGCCCUGCACGCCCUCGCCAAGGUGGAAGAGAACCACUCUGAGUUCACGUUGUACGAGUCACGGCUACUAGACGUCUCCGUAUCCCCCCUCAUGAACUCACUGGUGUCCCACGUGAUCUGUGACGUACUGUUUUUGAUCGGCCAGUCAUGACGGCUGUGGAGUGGGAUUUUGUCCUCCUCCUCCUCCCCCCCUUCCCUAUUUUUUCACAUCUUUGUGUGAGCGGGGAAAAUGUAACGGGCGAAAAAUGACUGACUAUUUUUUUUUUCUCCUUUUUCUUUUUAAUUUAUGCAAAAUCACCUCAG